UGGACUUUGAAAGUUUUUGAAACUUCGCAUGUCAUCUCAGAGUCGACAACCACCGCAAUAUCAUAAAGUAGUACUGUCGCUGUCUUAUGGUGCGUGCCUUUGAUCAAUAUUUUCCAAGUUCUUGUUUAAAACUCAAUGUGCACAGUGACCAGCCCAAUUCGGAUGCACAAAAUCUAUCUUCACACCUAUUGUUCCAUACCUGAUCCUUAAUCAGAUUCCUCUCAGUGGUGAGGAAGCGUUGUAUCUCACCAUCGGACACAUUCUCGGCCCUCGCAAGUCUGUUUCGUCUUCACGCUGACAAGUCAAGCUUCAAAUGCAUUAUUCCUGAAUCCCUGCUGGACCUGCAAAACCAUCUGCUCAUGUGGAAUGGUUCACACCAUGGGCUGUACAAAGUUUGCCACUUGAUUCAGCAUGGAGAGUGUCUUGCAAGUGUCGAUAUCUGCAGGAGUGCUCAUCUUAUUCUGAAUUUCGGUACAGUAGCACCUCGUGAAUCGAGUAGUACCAUUCUGGAGUGCUGUUCCGCCUUCUUCGUAAACUUGUUCAGUGACAUGCACGCUUGCUUAACUAUCGUCUGAGCAGUACAAUGAAAUUUCUUGAAAUACCUUCGAAUACGAGUAGUUUACCGAAUUCCCUGGAUUUUUAUGUGAUUUUUUGAAAUUUCGUCGAUUUCGCAAAGGAGGUUUUCCCUGAUGUAACAAACUCUGUACCUACUAGUAGAACACAAGGUACGCUACGGUCUCGUCAGUACAAUAUUUCGAACACGAGAACGAACACUAAGUUCUAACUCACAUCUCAGUUUCUUGUAAAGA